AGUGAUUUGGUAUAACCAACACAACUCCAUUUCUUUGGGUGGGCUUCUCAGAGAUUCUGCACCGCCCUAGCCUUCUUUCCAUGAAAGAAAUGGGAAUUUCUUUUGCAAAAUCUCAAAGAAUCUAAAAGGAAACAGUAACAGAGGACGGUUUCAUCUGAAAAAAGACCUGCUUUCUGACAAAGGAUGGGCCUUUCUUGUGUAAAACCUCGAAGGCGCAGAGAACCUUCUUGCAUCAACAAUGCUGAAAUUAAAGUAAGACGAUUUGGUAUUCUCAGAGAAAGUAAUAUCAGCACCAACAAUGUAGAAGUUGUGACAAGACCCUGGUCUGAUCUGCCUGCUGACCUUCUAUCACUAAUUGCUGUUCGCUUAGGCAUAAUCGAGCUUCUGAGUUUUCGUGGUGUCUGCAAGGCUUGGCAAGCUGCUUCUUCUGUGGCUUCAGCUAAGACUGAAGCUGCAUCCAAUUCUGAACCUUGGUUUCUCUUCUAUGGGGAAGAUUCACAAUGCCAUUUGUACAACACAUCCCAAAGAAAGUACAAGAUGAGCAUCCCGGAAUUGGAUGGAGCAACUUGCAUUGCAUCAAACCAAGGAUGGCUGCUUAUAUUUAAAGAAGGCUCAAUGUUCUUUUACUGCCCCUUCUCUCAUGCAAAAAUAGGUCUUCCCAAGUUCCCCCAUUCGGUACUUUCUGAACAUGCUUCAGCCUUUUCAUCUCCUCCCACUAGUUGUGAAUGCAUUGUUGCUGUCUUGCAUCGUGAUCUUGAAUUUGGAAUGGAGCUAUAUGUGCUUUACCGUGGGGCUGAUACAUGGACUAGGAGAAAACUUAACAGCAUCCAAUAUAAGUUGAGUGCAUUUGGAUUUGCCACUUACAAUAACGAAACUUUCUACUUUUUCGACAAAAUAGAUGCUACAGUUGCCUUCUCUGUCAAAGACAAACGCUGUUUAAAGUACAAUAUCGUCAAGAAAGAUAAUUCUAUCCCCAGGAAAAUUUUACCAUGCGUUCGUGUGAAGAGUCUUUUUGUGAAAUUUGACAUGAAGAAAAAAUUGGGAUUGCAGGAUGAUGUUUCAGUUUCUACUUGCGGAACAAUACUACAGUGUGCUGGCAUGGACAAUAUUAUUUUUAAUGAGUACCUUGAGGCUGCUGGAGAAUCUGGAAACCGUCGUGUCAAAGGGGUAUGGAUCCAACCAAGAUUCUUUCAAGUGUCUUCAAAUCAGAGCUGGUCACUUUGAGGGCUCGAUGUCUUCUUGCUCAUUUUUUAGUAGAGAAACGCUACACAUACUCCCAAGUGCUCACUCUCUGACAUGGCUGUUGUAAUCACAUUAGAUGCUACAUAUACUUUCAUUUGUUAUUUCAUCUAAUGGUGAUUUUUAUUGUCGCGCCUUUUUUUAGUCUAGUUUUAGACCUUGCUAUUAUGUUCCUUGGUUCACUGAUAAGAUGCCUUUGUAGUUACAUAAUCAGUUGACCUUCAAUUAGUUCUUAUGUUGUUGAACAAAGUAAAAGUUUUAUUUUCAUUGCCCAAAAGUAGCCCACAUGUCGUGUUCUUUCC